AUGACAAGUCUCACCAUCAUUCCCCAGAAGGCACAGCGGGCCUCCUAUCUGACAGGACAGAGGGUAGCCAAAAGCAAGAAGUCCCACACGAUCUGGGAGGAGUUGAUGCUCCCUGCUGUGGUGGAGAUGUGUGAGGUGAUGAUCGGGAAAGAGGCCGCAAGUCAACUUAAAUCUGUAUCUCUCUCAACCGACACAGUAAGAAGUAGGAUUGAAGACAUGUCCUGUGACAUAAAAUCGCAACUUGUGGCAAGAUUGCAAACCUGUCAUUUUUCAAUUCAUCUCAACGAGUCCACCUACUUGUCAAAUUCCGCCCAGCUCAUUGAACUCGUUCGGUACCCAUGGAAUGGACAUAUUUUUGAGGAUUUUUUCUUUUGUAAAAAGGUGACUGUGCGAGCAACAGAUGAGGAAAUAUUCAAUAUACUUGAUACUUUCAUGAGAGAAACAAAGAUGAAAUGGGAGAACUGCGUUGCUGUCUGCACCGAUGGUGCAGCUGUUAUGACUGGCCGCAAGAGUGGGGUGGUUGCGAGAAUAAAGGCGCUCAAUCCGCAGAUUAUAGCCACGCACUGCUUGCUGCAUAGGCAGGCUCUCGCCUCCAAAGAUAUGGCCCCUGACCUGCACUCUGUUCUUAGUACUGUUGUGUUUGUGGUUAACUAUGUGAAGUCAAGGCUACUACAGUCUCGGCUGUUCGCGCAGCUGUGUAAUAAAAUGUGUGCAGGACAUGACACACUACUGUUCCACUCUAAGGUUCGUUGGCUCUCCCGUGGGAAAGUCUUACAGCGGGUGUUUGAACUGCGCACCGAGCUGUGUGAGUUUCUGAAAGAUGCCAAGCCCACCACCGUAGCGCUUUUGUCUGAACCAGAUUGGAUAGCUCAGCUCUCCUAUCUUGCCGAAGUGUUCAACAUACUGAACGAACUCAAUUUAUCCACGCAAGGAGGCUAUGCCUCUAUCCUGGAGGUCAGCGAUGAAAUCAAGGUCUUCAGGGAGAAAACUGAGAUCUGGAGAAUGCGGGAGUAUCCUGAACUUGUUGCUACUACAAUGAAGAUCUUGCUCCCUUUUCCAACUACGUACCUCUGCGAGGCAUCUUUCUCAGCUCUGACAACCAUGAAGACCAAGUUCAGGGCUCGGAUGCAUGUGGAGAAUGACCCACGAGUAUGCCUCUUGUCCAUCCCUCCAAGGAUAGAGAAGUUGUGCACUGAGAGACAGGCCAACAUCUCGCAUUAA